AUGGCGCCCGCGACGCAGCAAGUCUUCAUCGAUGGCACUUUCGAGGAUUUGGCACAAGAGCUGGCCGAAUACCUUGAAAUCGGCCCAGAAGUUCAACCCCUCCUCGCAGGAAAACAAAAGGAUGAAGCUUUAAAGAAACUUGUCACUGCUUCGGAAAAGUUGAACUCAUCCCCAGAGAAAGAAUUUACUGCCGCAUACAACCUAUUGGUCUACCUCUGCAACCAGUCUCCAAAUAUCAACAUGUAUCUGCCUAGAAUUUGCGACAACCUCGCAAAGCCAAUUACUACAUCACCUUUGAAUGGACCAGGCCUCGCGCUGAAUGUUCUGACAACCAUCUUCAACCUUUUACAACCAGAUAAUGAGACCAGAUUUAAUGUCUUCCAAGCUGUUCUUAAGCUCAUUAAGAACAGUGGAAACUACGAAAUGUUGCGACCACAGUUGAAGAAAUUGGACACUUGGAUUAUUGAAUGGCAGAUUGAGGAGGAGGAGCAAAGAAAACUUUUCGAAAUGAUCGCAGAAGUGGCAGAUGAUUCCGGCGAGGAGGAGGAAUCAUACCAAUAUAUUCUCAAAGCUCUCCGAACUUUCGAUGGCAAAGAUGAGAAAGCUAUUGCUUCCGAAUCGGCUCAGAAACUCGCCAUUAAAGCAUUAAGAACCGCAAUUCUCUCCAACACCCAUUUCGACUUCCACGAUCUUACUUCCCUCCCCGCCGUUCAAGCCUUGAGCGAUUCCCACGCAAUCUACUCUGAACUCCUUGAAAUUUUCGCCGAGAAGGAGCUUGAGGACUACAAUGAUUUCCAAGACGAGCACGAUGGUUUCGUCGAGAAAGAGAACUUGGACAACAGCAAGUUGCAUCGUAAGAUGCGGCUCUUGACCUUGGCUAGCUUGGCUGCCUCGACCCAUACCCGCGAACUCGAAUACAAGCGCAUUUCCAAAGCAUUGCAAGUCGCACCUGAAGAUGUUGAGAUGUGGGUUAUCGACGUUAUCAGAGCUGGUUUGGUUGAGGGCAAAUUAUCACAACAGAAGCAAAUUUUCCUUAUUCACAGAACCACAUACCGUGUAUUUGGAGAGAAGCAAUGGCGUGAGGUUGCCACGAGGUUGGAUCAAUGGAAGGAGAGCUUGAGAGGCGUAAAGGAGGUUAUCAGCAGGGAGAGACAAGCUGCUGAAACUCAAAAGGAGAAAGAAAUCCAAGAGGCUGAUAAGAAGGUUUCUGGUACUCAGGGGAUGAGAGCUGGACGAAGAAGUGAUAACAUGGUAGAGAUGGGUACUGAUUAG